GCAGAAGAUUUGGAGAUGAAGACUCUAAUUCUGUUGGCAUUGCUUGGCUUUGUACUGGCCUUCAGCUUGGCUAUUCCAUUCAACGAAGAUACUGCUGAAGCAUAUGAUGCUGAAAGGAACGAACUUGAGAGGGACAUCCAAGCAGACGAAGAUGAACGGUGAGAAGGAAACGUGGGCGUGGCAUCAUGUUAAUGAAAGAUUUCCGAAGAAAAUUUUAGCUUAUCUGUAAUAUAUUAAAAUGCCAUCAUUCCUAGUCUUCUAAAUGUGUAGUACAUGCUUUUGUUUGUACAUUCUUCAAACAAAAAAGCUUUGUCAAAACAUUUUAUUAUUAUUAUUAUUAUUACUAUUAUUAUUAUUGUUAUUAUUAUUAUUAUUGUUAUUAUUAUUAUUAUUAUUAUUAUUUAUUUCAUUAUUAUUAUUACUAUUUUUUUUGGUUUUGUUUUUUUUUUAGCAGUUGAAAGAAACUUUUGAAUCUUAGAGGUUGACAGUUUUUUUUUUAUUGAAAUGAAAUGUUUUUUAAUUCGAAAAAAUUUUUUCUUAGUUUUAAUUAACUUUUUUUUUAAGCUAAAUUAAGUGCUUUUUUUAAAUCGACAGAAAUUGUAAAUAGAGUUUUUGAAUGAAUAGUUUUUUCUUUUUUUUUUUAAGCGAAUUAAUUGUAAAUAGGAUUUUAAUAGUUUUUUUUUUUUAAUAAAAUUGUCUAGUAGUUUUAUAUUUCAAAAUAGUUUGUAUUUCUUUCUCUACAAAAAUUGAAAUAAAAAUUUGUAAAAACAUUAUUAUUAUUAUUAUUAUUAUUAUUAUUAUUAUUAUUAUUAUCAUUACUAUUAUUUUUAGUUUUAACUGUUUUCUUUUUUUUCUUGAACGUUUUUCGUCCAGCAAGUUACUGAAUCAGUUAUGAACUCAACAAGGUUAAAUUUCUGUUUAUGGGAUGAUGUUAUACUGUACUUGAAUUUUGUUGUGUCUCUAGAUAAAAACUUCUUUAAAUUGAUCGCCAACAAAACACAUAACUAAUGGUUUUGGCUAUGGGUACCUGUGUUGGUCUGCUAAGUUCACCACGCAGCCUUGUCUAAUUGUCGGUAAAGCACAAUUAUAAUUAUAGCCUUUGCCGGAUAGUUAAAUAAAAAGGUAUAGUUUACAGUUUGAUAAUUUGGAUGAAUGAAUAAAGUUUGCAACAAGCACUGGGAAAAAACUUUCGGAUUUACACAAAAAACAAAUAUCAUAUCAUUAGGAUUAAAUAUCGAAUAUCAAUUUCAUUUGCCUUAUUGCAGGAACAAAGGUAUAAACGACAGAAACGAAAACGAUCAAGACGAAGAAGACGAUGACGAAAACGUUUAUGCUGUACAGCCAGUGGACGAUGAUGACCAGGAAGUGGAGAACCAAGAUGAGAAUGAAAACGCUUUGAUCAAUCCAGGAAAUAAAGUUGAAGAACCUGUCUGGCCUCUUCUCAUUGGUCGC